UAGGGUGGGGCUUAGCGUGUGAUUGGCAUUGUGUGUGUCCGAAUAGUUAGCCACGGGACGGACGACAACCAAAAGCUUUGAAAAAUCUGACCGGGACGACUAGAGAGGACUGAAAAUAACCUUGCAAAUAGAAGAGUUGAUGCUCGGCUGGGGCAGUGGAUGAGAAGUGUGUAACAGCACGGGCAGGGAGCAGGAACAGCAUCGGCCACAAUAUUAGUGAAUGUGACAUUGUCUUCACAACUGGAGUUUCAGUGACCAGCAGCCAUGACCACAGCAGGUAGAGAUGAACUAUGCAGCAGGUGUUGGAAAACCUGGGUGAGCUGCCCACCACCACCGGGGCCAAAGACAUUGACCUCAUCUUCCUCAAAGGCAUCAUGGAGAGUCCUAUUGUCCGCUCACUUGCCAAGGCUCACGAGCGUUUGGAGGAUGUUAAACUAGAGGCAGUGCAGGAGAAUAACGUUGAGCUCGUGACUGAGAUUCUGGAUGACAUCAGCAGACUAAGCGUACGCGAUGACAGCGCAGAAGAACUUUCCAAAAUCCUGCUGGAGCCUCACUUUCAGUCUCUUCUAGAGGCCCAUGACAUGGUGGCUUCUAAGUGCUAUGAAGCUCCGCCCCCUCCUGAGGUAACAAAUGAUGCGGCAAUAAACAAUGCUCUCAUGCAGGCUGAUGCGGUCAGGAUGAUUGGUAUCCGCAAGAAAGCAGGAGAACCACUGGGUGUGACCUUCCGAAUGGACAAGGGUGACCUGGUGAUCGCUCGCAUCCUUCACGGAGGGUUGAUUGACAGGCAGGGUCUGCUGCAUGUGGGUGACAUCAUAAAGGAAGUGAAUGGGAAGGAUGUUGGCAAUAAUCCCACUGAGCUACAGGAGAUGCUGAAAGAGUGUAGUGGGGGGAUCGCCCUAAAAAUUCUGCCCAGCUACAGAGAUGCUUCAGCACCAGCACAGGUGUAUGUGCAACCACAUUUUGACUACAAUCCAGCCAAUGACAAUCUGAUUCCGUGCAAAGAGGCGGGGCUUGCUUUCAAUAGAGGUGAUAUCCUACAGAUUGUGAACAGGGAGGACCCAAACUGGUGGCAGGCAUGCCAUGUAGUGGAAGGAGCUACUGGGCUUAUUCCCAGUCAGUUUUUAGAGGAAAAGAGAAAAGCGUUUGUUCCUAGAGACCUGGAUGGAACAGGUAUUCUGUGUGGGACAUUAACUAGUAAAAAGAAGAAAAGGAUGAUGUAUCUUACUGCUAAGAAUGCAGAGUUUGACCGGCAUGAGCUUCAGAUCUACGAGGAAGUAGCAUGCAUGCCACCAUUUCAGAGGAAAACGCUCGUUCUGAUCGGAGCACAAGGAGUUGGGCGCCGUAGCUUGAAAAACAGACUUGUUGUUUUACAUCCCACCCGAUUUGGUACAACUGUACCUCACACAUCUCGCCGAGCCCGUGAGGAUGAGCGAGAUGGACAGUCAUACAGUUUCGUAACACGCUUAGAAAUGGAGAUGGAUAUAAAAGCCGGACGUUAUCUAGAACAUGGAGAGUAUGACGGCAACCUUUACGGUACAAAAAUCGACUCUAUUCAUGAAGUGGUCAACACCGGUCGCACCUGCAUUCUGGAUGUGAAUCCUCAGGCCCUAAAACUGUUAAAAACAGCAGAGUUUAUGCCAUACGUGGUGUGCAUCGCAGCUCCAGAGUUUGACACGCUGAAGGCCAUGCACCAAGCUGUGGUUGAUGCUGGGAUCGCAGCCAAACAACUCACAGAUGUCGACCUGAAGAAGACUGUAGAUGAAAGCGCUCGUAUUCUCCGGGCUUACCGGCAUUACUUUGAUCUCAUCAUUGUCAAUGAUAACCUAGACUGUGCAUUUGAGAAACUGCAGUCGGCUGUUGACAAAUUUUGCACUGAGCCACAGUGGGUUCCCGUGAGCUGGGUUUACUGAAAACACCUUCAUAAAAUCACUGUACGUGUGUGUGUGUGUGUGUGAGAGAGAGAGAAAGAGAGUAUAUGAUGGAUCUGAGGUGAAGUGAAGUAACAUGUUUGGACUGACCAAACAAAUGUUCAGCAUCGCAAUCGCCCUAACCUUUUAUUGUGCACACAAUGCAAAUUUUUUUUACUGAAAAGUAAAGGGAAGAGUACUACUUAUUUAUUGUAUUAUUUGUAUGUUUUUUUUUAAAAAUAUAUUUCUAUUUGUGACAUCUUUGGAGCUUGACGAAAACCAAACGAGAAAACGAAAAAUUGACUUUGUGAGGCCAUAUUUUUUAUUUAUUAUUUCUGUUGUUUUGUGGCACCUAAACGUCUGUGAUGUUUCAGUGUAUUCUCAAAUGAAGGACUAACCAGACAAAGUGUAGCAUGCCAAGGGCUCAUAUAGGACAACUGAACCGAACUGUUUACAAACAACCUGAUUUCUUAACCCUGUUUCCCCAACUGUAUCAUUGGCUUGUUCUCAUAACCAAAAUGACUUAUGCAAACAUUCAUAUCAAUGUGUAGUUAGUUUUAUAUAUUAAAUAACCUGUUUUUUAACUUUCAUUUACAGAGUUGUUGUUUAUGUUGUGCAUUUGGCUCCACAUUGUUUCCGUGACCACAAUUGUUGUUUUUGUGUGUGUUUUAAGAAUUGAACAAACUGCACUGUUGAUUUUAGUAAUACAUUUUUGUUUCUUUGUUCUGUUAUGUUGCAAAAUCACAUGACCUGCCAAGUUUUUGUUAAUGUACCUGUGUCUUUAUGUCAACAAUACCUCGACAAUACUGCAAUAAAUAAACGAACAAUGUUA